AUGCGAAUACCAGGAAACGAGGAAGCAGACGCUCUAGCCAAGGCAGCCUGCAAACAGAUCCCAGACUCACUGCCGCAGCCUACGUUAGCACAUUUGAAGAGGCAGUCUAAAGCAGUUGCUCUCCAAGCUUUUACUAGGAUUUGGCCGUCACUCUGCCCCCGGCAGUAUGCUGACCUUGGGAUAGUCCCACAUCCCAAGCCCCCCCGAACUUCGCCUUCCUCGGCAUCGGCUAGGUAG